UGCUCGCACGGUUGAGACUAGAUGCGCCAUUUUACUGCGUCCACAGUCAUCCGGCAAGAUGGUCCCUUGCUUUGUUUCUUCUGAACGGAGCUAUUUCAUCUUUUAGCCUUAAAAUUUUAGCUUCCCACACCAUCGAAAUUAAGCACAUUGGACUGGACGGGGUUUCCAGGAGUAAAACCAAACCUCGCUGCUCUCCGUCAGGAAAUGACGACUGCUGGAAGCAGGUAAAAUGAGUCUGGCUUCUUCUGAAUCAAACAUAGAUCAAAUGGGAGAGAAAGGAGAGGAGCCUGGGAGCUCACCAGAAAGCAUGAAGCCAUCGUCUUCUCACAGCAGGAGGAAGCCCACCAGUGUGACAAGGCACACAGGACAGAGAGACUCAGAUGCCUCGGCUGGCAGCGAAAACGAAAGUGCCACCUCUGACAGUAAUACAGGCAGUGGAUCUAAAGGCACUCUAGUGAUGAAACCAAGUGGGAAUGAAAGCAAAGGUGCCAUGAAGCUCAAAGUGGAUUUCAAGCAGAAAAAAACAGAUGACACCCUGGAGAAGAAGGUUAGCUGCACAGCCUGCGGAAAACAAGUCAACCAGUUCCAGAAGAACUCUGUGUAUGAGCAUCCUAUGCUCAAAGUACUUAUUUGCAAGUCAUGUUACAAGUACUACACAAGUGAUGACAUCAGCCGGGAUUCUGAUGGGAUGGAUGAGCAAUGCAGAUGGUGUGCUGAGGGUGGAAAGCUUAUCUGCUGCGACUACUGCAACAACGCCUUCUGCAAGAAAUGCAUACUGCGCAACCUGGGCAGGAAGGAGUUGUCCGGCAUCACUGAUGAGAACUCAAAGUGGCACUGCUACGUUUGUCGGUCGGAGCCCCUCCUGGAUCUGGUCUCCAGCUGCCAAAGCAUCAUGCAGAGGACAGAAGAAGCUGAAAGUAAGCAACGGAAAACCGAUAAAGCAGAGGAGCGUGAAGGCAGGAAGGAGAAGAAAAAGUCAUCAAAAGAGCCGAAAGGGGUUGCAAAUGGAAAAGAGCACAACGAAGGCUUAGGGACCAUGACCUUCUCUUAUAAAAAUCUGCAGAUACCCAAAGAUCUACUAAAGAAGACAAAGAAGCUUGUUGAAACUACAACCGGUUUGAAUAACACUUUCAUUCAGUUCAUCCAGCAGGCGACUGACGACAAGGCGGAUGCGACCAUCAGGUAUCGACAUCUGAAAGCCUUUAAGGCAGUGCUGUCAGAUCUGAAGAAAGCCCACAACGCUUUGGAGGAGGCUUUAAAGCCUGAGUUCAAAAACAUGGAGCUGCAGAACGGUACUGAAAGGCAACCCGUCAGAAAGACCGGCAACGCUGUGGAACCUGCAGAGAACAAUGAAAUGGAUUGUUCUGUAGAUGCGGUUCCAGGAGUGGACGGAGAGCAGUAUAAUGAAGUCAAGCCGGUUUGUGAGACAGAAGAAGCGAAUGAGGAGAACAAGGAGCCGCCUGAUGAUGAGGAUUUAGUUUGUAAAUCUGGCAAAACUGAAAAGGAGCUGGAUGAUGAAGCGGGUUUAAUCUGUAAAGCAGAACCAGGGGAGAUGGUUGAAGAGUCCCCUAACGAACAACACUUCUCAACGAAAGAGACUCCCAAGAAGCUUUCUAUUGAAACGCGUUCAGUUGAUGAAGCAGAAAGGAUGGACGAAGUGGUGAAAGAGCAGCACAACCAGCAGGACAUAAAGUCUGAUGAAGCGUCCACAAAGCCUGAGGUGGAAGAAGACCAAACAGAAACCAAUGUUCCCAAAAAGACACAUAAAACCGAGGCCUUUGACAACGAGCCAAUGGCCACUGCUGAAACAUCUUUAGAUCAAGACAUCAUGUCUGUGUCUCCUUCAGUUCCUGAGGAGCUUUUUCAGAUGGUGGAGAGCCUCGCUGGUUCCUCCAUGCUCCCACAGACCGAAACCAGUUCAGUGAAAGGCACUGAUACAAAGUCAAAUGAGGAUCCUCCAGUAACCCAUUGCCCCCAACCCAAAGUUAAGAAUCUGAUAGUCAAACUGACUCCUGUCCCAGUUGUUAAAAGUAGCGGCUCUAGGUCCAAAAACAAGGAAAAGGAUGCAGAGCAGCCAAGCAAGAGCAAGGAAAAGGGUGACAAUAAGAAAGACUCUGAUUCUGGUGGAGCAGCGGAGACCGACAGCCCACAACCAACCCGUCGCUCCAGCAGAGUGAAGACCACACCUUUAAGGAAGCAGGGGGAAAAUAAAAGCAAGAAGGACUCCUCUGAGUCAGAAUCUGAGGGAGAUUGCAAGGACAAGGCCAAGCUGUCAAACAAAUCCAGUCACGCAAAAAAAGAGACUAAAAGUUCAGAAGAUCUGCUAGAAGACUCUGACUCAGAUGAAGUUCCUCCUGUUCUGCUGGAGAAAGCUGCAACAGGCAACAACAGCACAGAUGAGGAACAGGAAAGCACAACGGCCAAAAGGCGUCCAGUCAAAUCAGACACGUCCUCAAAGGACACAGAGAAGUUAACCAAGCGCAAGUGGAAGUCCGAAAGCUCCGAUUCAGAUGGAGGGAAUAAAAACAAGAAAACAUCCAAGAAGAAGAAGAAGAAACAAGGCAGCUCGGGCAACUCGGACUCAGAUUCAGACAUGGAGAAAGAGACUAGGAGCAAAGCUGGCACAGCUAAGAGGCGGUCUAGCCGGAUCAAGAAACAAGAGGACAAACAAGGGGAGGAAAAAAACUCCCCUGACAGGAAGGCGGCUGAUCGGAGGCGGUCCUAUGAAAAGAAGCGGAAGGGAAAGAGCCCAAAAGCAUCUUCUAAGCUGCAGUCUUCAUCUGAAGAGGAGGAGGAGGAGGAUGCUGGAGGUGACUCUGAAGAGGACAGUGACCAGCAAAAGAUCAAACCUAUUGUGGAGGAUAAUGUAGUUGGAGGCAGUGGAGUCUUCCAUCAGUCCUCAGGAGAUGAGGUGGACACUAAAGAAGAAGAUACCCGAGUUUUUGAAGACGACGACGACGACCCUGAAAACAGAAUUGCAAAGAAAAUGCUUCUUGCUCAAAUAAAGUCCAACUACUCUUCAGGAGCAGAAAGCUCCUCCGACAACGAAGAGGAAGAUAUGAAAAAUAAGUCCUCCAAGAAAGCUAAGAUGGAGAAAGAGGAGGAAGGCGAUGAAGUUACAGAAGACUCGGAGUCUGACGUUGAAGUGAAGAAGCGCGGCAGACGCCAUAAACUGCUCCGUCAUAAACUCUCCCUGAGCGAGGGCGAAUCUGGAGACGAGAAAGACUCGAGCAAAGAGAAGAAGAACAAGAGCAAGAAAAAGUCUGCACGUAAAGUCGGCAGCGACGACACCGGCGACUCGGACUUUGAGAAUUCAGGGUCUGGUUCAGAGUCGGGACUCAGUGAGGAGGUCAGCGACUCAGAGAAGGACACCAAGCGUCGAAAGACUAGAUCUGCAAAGAAGAAAGAAGACGACAAUCAAAGAAGCUACAACCAGCAGAAAAAGAAGCGACGCAGGAUCAAAGUUCAGGACGACUCCUCCAGCAACGAGAAGAGUGGAGAGGAAGAUGGUGAUGAUGAUGAUGAGGAGCAAGAGGGAGAGGGACGCAAAGGCCGGAAAAAGAUCCGCAAAAUCCUGAAGGACGACAAGCUGAGGACGGAGACGAGAGAUGCUCUGAAAGAGGAGGAGGAGAGGAGGAAACGCAUCGCUGAGAGAGAGGCGCUCAGGGAGAAACUCCGAGAGGUUGUUGUUGUAGAAGAAGCCUCCCAGGUGGCCUGUCCCAUCACAACCAAGCUGGUCCUGGAUGAAGACGAAGAGACCAAGGAGCCGCUGGUUCAGGUGCACAGGAGCCUCGUCACAAAGCUCAAGCCUCAUCAAGUUGACGGUGUUCAGUUUAUGUGGGACUGCUGCUGCGAGUCUGUGAAAAAGAUCCAAAAGUCUGCGGGUUCUGGCUGCAUCCUGGCUCAUUGCAUGGGUCUAGGAAAAACUCUACAAGUGGUGACAUUCCUCCACACCCUGCUGCUUUGUGAAAAGCUCGACUUUAGCACAGCUCUAGUGGUUUGUCCCCUCAACACCGUUCUUAACUGGCUCAAUGAGUUUGAGAAGUGGCAGGUGGGACUGAAGGAUGAGGAGAGUUUGGAGGUAACAGAGCUUGCCACAGUUAAGAGGCCGCAGGAGAGGUCGUAUGCUCUCCAGCAGUGGCAGGAGUCGGGUGGUGUUAUGAUCAUGGGUUAUGAGAUGUACAGGAAUCUGACGCAGGGCCGAAACAUCAAGAGCAAGAAACUAAAAGAGACGUUUCAGAAAACCCUUGUGGAUCCAGGUCCGGACCUGGUGAUCUGUGAUGAAGGUCACAUUCUGAAGAACGAGGCUUCUGCUGUCUCAAAAGCGAUGAAUUCAAUCAGGACGAGGAGAAGGAUUGUGCUGACUGGAACACCUCUGCAAAACAACCUUAUUGAAUACCACUGCAUGGUCAACUUUAUCAAGGAAAAUCUGCUGGGGUCGGUCAAAGAGUUCAGAAACCGCUUCAUUAACCCCAUUCAGAACGGCCAGUGUGCCGAUUCUACACUGCAUGACGUCCGGAUUAUGAAGAAGAGGGCCCACAUUCUCUAUGAGAUGCUGGCUGGCUGUGUCCAGAGAAAAGACUACUCAGCGCUCACAAAGUUCCUGCCACCCAAACACGAAUACGUGCUGUCAGUCAGAAUGACCCCACUCCAGUGUAAGCUCUACAGACAUUACCUGGAGCACUUCACAGGUGUGGGGAAUGCUCUGGAAGGGGGCCGGGGCCGAGCAGGAACGAAACUCUUCCAGGAUUUCCAGAUGCUCAGCAGAAUCUGGACCCAUCCCUGGUGCCUUCAGCUGGACUACAUCAGUAAAGAAAAUAGGGGUUUCUUUGACGAGGACAGUAUGGAUGAAUUCAUUGCUUCAGAAACCGAAGAAUCCUCCAUGAGUCUGACCUCAGAGGACGAGAAGAGCAAAAAAAAAAAGAAGCCAGGAAAAGGGAAGAAGAAAAACUCUGACGACUCGGACAGUGAUGAUGUGGAGGUCAUCAAGGAGUGGAACAGCAGCUCUCGCGGCAGAAACGGAGAAGGUCGAAGCCAGCCCGACCCUGUUGAAGAAUCCCGGGCUGCCGGCUCUGCGCCAGGGAGUCCCUGCUCUGCCGACUGGUACAAGGAGUUUGUCACGGAGGCCGAUGCCGAAAUCCUGGAGCACUCAGGAAAGAUAAGUCUUCUCUUCGAGAUCCUGCGCAUGGCUGAGGAAGUAGAAGAUAAAGUGUUGGUGUUCAGUCAGUCUCUCAUCUCUCUUGACCUGAUUGAAGAUUUCCUAGAACUUUCCUGCAGAGCUGAGGAUGAUCAAAAACCUUCUCCAUACAAAGGUGAAGGGAAAUGGUUCAGGAACAUCGACUAUUACCGCCUAGAUGGCUCCACCAAUGCUCCCACCAGGAAGAAGUGGGCCGAGGACUUUAACGACACCAGUAACACGAGGGGACGCUUGUUUCUUAUAUCAACGCGAGCUGGUUCGCUCGGCAUCAACCUGGUAGCCUCCAACAGGGUGAUCAUCUUUGACGCCUCCUGGAACCCCUCAUACGACAUCCAGAGUAUCUUCAGGGUGUAUCGUUUUGGCCAGGUCAAGCCUGUUUAUGUCUACAGGUUCCUUGCUGAGGGUACAAUGGAGGAGAAAAUUUAUGAGCGGCAGGUAACCAAGCAGUCUCUGUCAUACCGGGUUGUGGAUCAGCAGCAGAUUGAGAGACACUUCACGAUGAACGAGCUGGCCGAGCUCUACACCUUUGAACCGGACAUGCUGGAUGAUCCUUCUGAGAAGAAGAGCAAGAGAGCUACUCCGAUGCUCCCAAAGGAUCCCAUCCUAGCGGAGAUGCUGCAGAACAAUAAGGAUCAAAUUGUGUGUUAUCAUGAGCACGACUCCCUGCUGGACCACAAGGAGGAGGAAGCCCUCAGUGAGGAGGAUCGCAAGGCGGCGUGGGCCGAGUAUGAAGCAGAGAAGAAGGGCCUGUCUAUGAGGACCAACUACGCUUCGUCCUACGCUCAGCCAGACAUGGGCACCUCCAACUACUUCUCCUACAACAUGGCAGCUUUGGCCACCAUGAGCAACCAGCAGCUGGAGGACCUCAUAAACCAGGGACGGCAGAAAGUCAUUGAAGCAACCAACGCGUUGAAAUCCUUAGCUCGGGAGUCGGUGGAAGACAUCAUUGCCAGAAUAUGGAAGGACAACCCAACGCUCACAGAGAGCCAGGUCCAGGAUUUGGCUCUGAGGCACCAAGCCACUGUGGAAAUGGAGCUCAAGCACAGGGAAGCCAUUUAUAGAGAGGUCCUCACCAGGCAGCAAACGCUGAUGAUGUACGUGCAGAAGCUGAUCACCAACAGGAAGGUGCAGGAACAACAGCUGGCCAUGGCCAACCAGGCCACCUACCUGAACCAGCUGGCCCUGCAGAACGGUAUGAUGGCAGGCGGGAUGAACCAAAUGAACCUGCUCGGGCUUUACCAGCGGCUCCACGGCAUGGGCGGCAAUCAAGGCGGUGGUGGUGGCGGCGGCGGCGGCAAGAACCCUGGCCCCUCACAGGGCAUGUAGGUCAGAUCGGGCCCUCCACUCUCUGGCUCCCUGCAGCGCCCCCUGCUGUCUGUGGCAAACUCUCUGUGAGACCACUCAGAGCUGAAAUGUGAUGAAGUAGACCGCUGUCUGCUGGGGCCUCAGAUUGAAUAGUGUUGUGCUGUGAUUCACUGAGAGACAGUAAAUAUAAUGUAAACAUGACUGUGUUAAAGGUUUGUUCAAAUGUGUCACAGAAGAAAAAAAAUGUAUAUAGCACCGUUUAUGUUAUUCGAGUUCUGUAGAAUCAGUUUUCGUGUAUUUGACAACAAACCUGUUGUACCGUCAAUGCUUUUUAGCAUUGUAUUGUUUUUCCCCUUCAAAAAGGGUUUCCUGGUUAUUUAAACUCUUUUUUUUUGUUUUUUUGUAUGGUUUUAAAUGCCUACCGACAUUCAAGUGGGACCAGAACCAUUGGUUACAGAACUACAGGAGAAAAUAAGCUCUGAUUAUUAGCGAUUCCUCAUCAGUUACCUGAUGAACUAGAACAGCUGUUGGUGCUGCAAAGUCCCCCUCAUUUCAGGACGAGGAAGAAGCUAAAAAGAAGUCAGCAAAAAGAUAAAAAAUAAGGCCUUACAUAAUAUACUAAAAAAAAAUCUCUGUAAAAACUUGAGAUUUGUUGUGAAUAUUUUCUAUUCUGCUUUUAAGUGUUUACAUUAGUUGUUGCUGAAACUGUUAAUGGAAUGCUUGUGUCGUCCAGAACUGCCUGCCGGCUCCGAUGACCUCUUUGUAACAUCAUUCUUAUUGUUACGUGUUGCUUAGCAUAGCACUGUGUGUUCCUGCUCAUUCAUUUAUGUGUUGUUGCUGUUUAUUUUGUUUCACUUCUGUUGAUUUGGCCCAGUUUGGGUGGGUUUGCAGGGUCUCGCGAAGCACAGCCUCUCAAGCUGGGUGUCACAGGGCCCAAGCUUUGCUCCAAACCUGUCUUUGACAUUUCCAAGUAUCACUUUCCGGACGGACUGGACAGGAUCAGCGAACGACUGGAAUUCUUAUUAUACGCGGCUGAUUUUGUGCGGUGCUUUGUGAGUAAUGCUCUCCUGGACGCUGAAGUUUCACCAGGCGGGGCCCCCAGAUGACUUGUAUUCUACUUUGGGACAUUCUUUCUUCUAAGAGCUUAAACCGGUGUCGCCAUUCAGCAAGAGGAAGGUGGACUUUUCUCACCAAGAGACGCCUGUUGCACAAGCUGUGUUUUAUAAAUGUAGAAUAAGUUACUUCGCCCCUUUUUAUUGAAGAAUGUUCUCACGUUUGCAGAUACACCGAUAUGUUUUGCCAUUAAUGAACUGCUAUAAUCUUCAUAAGUAUUUAAUAUAACAUUUAAUAAAGUGACCAAAACAAUGA